AUGUCGGACGGACGGAAGGAGAGAGUGGCGGCGCGUGUGCAGCGCGUUGGAUGGGAGGAGGGAGGGAGAGGACGGGGAAGGCAGACUUUAUAUGGAGGAGGGCCCAGAGCGAGAGAGGGAGGGAAGCGAGUCGGCGUAUACAUUUGGGACGUGCAAAUCGGGGCGACAUCUGGCCAAUCGCGCGGCCCAACAAGGGUCGGGCGUUUCGAUAAGACGUUCACUAAUAUUUCCUGCCGCACCCUGCCUCAGCUCACCUCUUCUCAGUAUGAUGACCCUUCCCGACCGGAUCGCGCAUCCCUCUCGGACGCAUCACCCCCGCGAUCCAUUCCCAUUCAUCCCAGCUCGCUCACCCACGCCACGGCCAUUGGGGAAAUGCGCGUUGCCUGUCAUAAGACCCUUCCCUCCCGCGUCUCUGCCGUCAACGCCACCCUCUCCCAGCACGCCGUGCACGUUCAUGGGAACUCCCUGCCGCCGCUGCUGCUCCCUGCGCCGCAAGCACUCGCUCUUGUUGCACACACGUACGCGGGGUUGCCUCUUUCUCGCACCCGCCCAGGCCAGCCUGAACCUCAGGGCGCCACUGCGCAACUCAAUCGCGUCCCCGGUAUAGCACAGUCCAAGUCCAGGCUCAGUACCCCUUCCUUCGCGCUUCGCACCCCCUCCCUCGCCCCAAAUCAGCCUGCCCAGUCACCUGCCACACACGCGCACGAGCGCGCGCGGAACGAGCAGCCCGUUUGGCCAAUUCAGCGGCACCUGUCGCACCCAGAAGACCUCGCUCCGCAGAUUCACAUUCAUGAUUCAUGGUGUGGUUGCUGGGCAUGCGAAGCUCGAAGCUCGAACACCCGCGAUCCCGCUGCGAAGCCUACCCUAACAAUGCGCAAUGCGGCUUCCUUCCCAUCUUCAUCGUCCACAUCGUCCAGUUAA